UUAUAAUAAAAAUGAAAACAACUUGUCGGAAUGUCGAACUAUCUAAUGCGUGCCAGCCUCGAUUUUCACGUGAUACAUUGAUCUGAAUUUGAAGUAUUUCUUGUAUGUAUGUGAGCUGGCGGUUUUACACAUCAGUACUAAUAAGUACCUAUGUAAACCCUAUAAAUUGGUGGACAAUCGAAAAAGAAUACCAAUUUUAUGUGAAAGGAAUAAUUGUUCUUACAACAAAUUUACUUCUUACCUAACUAAUUAACAUGAAAAUUGCAAAUAUAUAAUUCUGUUUGCAAUGUAGGUCGUCAAAAUCAUGCGAACAUGUCUCAUAUUCUGCUUACAACAGUAACAUCGCAAUGACGUAGUUGCAAAGUAUCGUACGCUCAUGCUCACGGCCACGGCUUCGAUUGCCGCAUCGGCACAUAUGUGUACCUAUAAAAUACCUAUCAUCGAUUUAAAACUGAAUACCACGAUACAUGGUAAAUGCAACUUUAGUACGAUCUUACAACUGCCUAAGCUUGCACGAUUUAUUUUGGAUCAAAAUCUUUAGUGAUCAGUUAAGAAUUAGCCAUGCAUAGAUCUGUUGACACGAUCGCAAUGAGAUAUUACGGCGGGUACGCGACGAAGGAGGCGCGCGUGCGUCGCUCGCUGGCGCGGCGAGAGCAGCGCGCGCACACGCCCGCUCAGCACUUGCCUCUACCGCAAACGCCACCGCUAGAAUGUGGAAUGAACGGUCGGGGUCCCGCGUACUGCGAACCGCAGAUGUGGCCACAUUAUCAGAUGGGUGUCAUGGGUGGUGGCAGUUGGAAUGGCGCUAACGCAGCUAACGGCGGGUGGGCCCCGCGCAAUGCGUGCUCGCGUGACCAUAUGCGGUAUCCUCCUGAAUGCCGACCAAUGAAGGCUGCUCAUCUGCAUAAUCAAAAUCAGGCAUGCCAACAAGACGGAAGAUCAACGCCAUAUCCUGUGUAUGAGGAGACGCCGUUCAACGGAGAGGGUCGCCCGAGACAAAGGAACACGCCGGAGUUUUCGGCGGGCGUUACGCAGAGCGAGGGCACGCGCGGCGCUCGCGAGCGGUUCCCGGCAGAGCCGCGCCGCUCCCCUCCGGAGGAGAAGCGCCCGCCGCUAGUACCGUUGCCUGCUUUUCAACAAGCAUUCGGGUCCACAGAGAUCGGGAAAUUCGCCGAGGCGUUCAGCCGGACCGAGGUGGCGGUGGACGACACCUCCGCCGACAACUUCAUGUUCGACUCGUUCCCCGAGUGGGACGGCUCCGUCGAGCCUCAAUGGUCCUCCCAGCCUCCCGCGCCGCCGACCUCUCGUGAGAUCAAAUGCGAAGAUAACUUUUAAGUGGUCUUCGCUCUAGCUCUAAUUCGUAGGCAAAUUGCCUUCUAGUUAAAUUAGUAAAAAUUGUAGUUCCACCACCAUGUUGCCAAAAUGAGUAGAAAUGAAAUGAGGAGUUGAAUGUCAUAGAACUAUUAUGAUAUGAUGUCAAAAUACUAAAGUGUACGAAAAUUUAAUCGACCGGAUAAAAUAGUGGUGUGACUUUUAAUUCAUAUAUAAACUAGAUUAUUAAUUAGUUAUUCCCUUUAACUAGUUCUAGGCCGAUCUUCAAAAACAAGAAAUAUUAUUGAAACGAGGAAGUGGAAAUGUUAGGUACUGCAUAUAGGAUAACAAAUGAAUCAUGACUCAAUGUGCCUUUAUUCGGAGAGCCCGGCCGCUACUCGCGCGGUGUCGUUCGCCCCGUUCUGCGUUGCUAUGUACGACAUAUAAUUACAAUAGCAAUUAUAGGGACCAACGUUUAGACAAAUAUACACGACCCUGUCGCGUGCACGAUCGCUGCGCAAUAAGCUCAACGAAACACUUUAUGAAUCUGGAAUUAUAAUAAAAUUCUAACAACAAUAACUUAAAUUUAAAAUGAAAACAAAAGACAAAUUGGUAGCUUGUAAUUAGCAUUAUCAGAAAACGUAAAGCUAAAUCUUAAUCUUUCACAAGCGAAUAACUGUUCCCUUAACUCGAUAUUAUCUUUCUCAAGCUCUCUUUAAAUAUUCUGUAAUUAGACAUACUUUUGUCAUAAGUAUAAUAAAUUGGAUUUUAGUUUCCAUUAAAAAAAAAUUGGAUAAUUAAAUAAAUAUACUUAAUAUUUGAAGGGGCUCUAAGACGCCGCGCGGACUUAUUAUAAACAAUCAAAAUUUUCAGGAACUAAACUGAAGCAAGUCAUGGAUGUAGGUAUAAAUAGGUAGUUAAAUUUGAUAAAAUUUUUAAAGAGAUUACUUAUGAAUAAAAUGGCUUUUUAAUUGAAUAUUUAGGGGUCCAACAACGUUGAAGUAAAGUGUUUGUCGUGAUUUUAAAUUGACAUUUAGGAUCACUGCGGAAGAUGGCAUCAAGUAGGUACAUUAUGAAUACCCAUCGGUAACCGAGUAGUACCUGCCUGGAUUAAUAAUUUAACAUAAUAUGUGUUGUUAAUUUAAAUUAUUACGUUAAUCGUUGCUAAGUAGCUUCUGAUAUAGAAACUACGAAAAUUGAGUUUUAUAAAUAAUUAGUGUCUGUGAUAGAAUUGUUUACGUGUAUGUGUUAUAAUAUAGGUUGCUAUGUAUACAUUUGUCCUAUGUAUUAAACAUUUGGUAUUUUUGUUUAAGUCUGCAAUGUCAUAGAUAAACCAUUAUCCUAGCUUUCCAUACAUAUUGAUGAUGCAAAGUUCGUUUACAAUUAGAUAAAUAUCAACAUUCCCGUUGUUUAUACUUUUGAUCCACAACGAAUCCAAAUCCUGAUGUAAAACAAAACAAUAACAUAUGAUCGUUCGAACUAUGGCUAUGUUUGCACUAAUCUAUAAUCUGAUUAAUCAAACUGAUGUUAGUUAAUUUGUUUCGAGCUUAAUAUUCAAAUAAAUUAUCUUGUUACAAUGCGGUGCAAGGAUAAUAGUAACUUCCAAUGGUCUUCAUUUUUAUAGAGGAAACAUGUGUGUCAGUAUUUUCGAUCUCUUUCGAUUAAAAAAAAAACCAGCAAAAUUAAUGGAGUGCCUUACGUAUUUAAUAUGAUAUGAAAUUAGGAUGAAUGAAUUUUAUUCUAGCAUAAUUUGAUGAAACACCAUAAUAUAAUAGCGUAAUGAAACUUCUUUUAAAUCGAGUAUUUCAUAAAUUGUUAGAUAUUGUAAUGAACUUAAUAAGAGUUAUUUAAUGAUUAUCUUUACAUGUAUUAUCAUAAAUAUCUAUUAUAUAUUUAAAAUAAUUGUGGUGUGCACUAAAUUAAUUUAUUGCAAAGUUUAUCUAUUUUUCGUUUGUUAUUAUAACAAGUAGAAAGAAACGAAGGAUGAGUUUAGCGCCUAGGGUUUAUAUUUAAGAUUAAAUUAUUCCAAUUGUAUUUAUUUAGUUAUAGUUCAUUCAAUUUAGGUAUGAAUUUGAGUAAUACCGUGUACACCAUUUCUUCCGAUUUUGAAAAUUAUUUAGAGUGAACAAAAUAUUAGGAUGAAUUAUAAUUUUAUACAUAAUUAUAUUAUAGCGAGGCUUACAAGAGUGUGACGACUUUAAGUGAAAGCUUAAGUGUUGAGCGCUGUGAGCCGACAUCAAAGAGACACCUCACACCACGGUGGUUAUUAUAAGUAUGAUAAUGAAAUACAAAUGUAGCCAGUGCCACGUAAAUCAUGUGUAUAUGAUAUACCUAUACAUCUCCUUAGAUAGUCCUAUUGUUAUUUGUUUAAGUACUAGAAAGGAAUAUAAUUUCUACUGUAGAGAGAUGUAAUGACCGUAAUAUAAAGUUAUAACGAUAUAAUAUAGGUGUUCACAAAUAGAGCUUCCCGAACGACUAUCUCACAAUUUUGUCUACCAUCAAAGUUUUUGUGUGUUAUUCUCGUAUUACCUAAGUACCUAAUGCUUCUCGAAUCCAUGUACUUCUAUUUGUUAAAUAUGUAAUGAACCUCUUAGUAAUACUUCAUUUAUCUGUCAUUGGACCCCUUGUCCGUUAGAGUGAAUCAUUCGGUAAUAGUUCAUCAUUAAAAUCUUAAAGUAAUUAUUCCAGCAUUGUUUUAGUUUCAUAAUCUUUCCAAUUUACUGUACUUACCACAAAUAGAUUCAAGGAAAUUAUCACGUAGGGGUAUCUCGAACUUUUUCUCGUUAAUUUAACAGACAAAUAGCUAAAAAAUAUUUAAAUAAAUAAAUGACUGUAUAAUGAACUUAAAUCUUUUUAAAAUAUUGUAGAUUUUAGGCCUCCAUAGUUUUUUACCUAUUGCUGAGGUCGGGUAUGAGUGAAUUGUUCUUGAGUUAUUUAAUUUCGUUAAAGAAUAUUAGGCCAACAAAAUUUUGAUGCGUAAGUUUUACGUAAAUUUGUUGAGGCAGUUAAAAUUAUUGAACAAAAAUAUUUAAUGAAAAAUAUUGUACCUAGUUAUAAUUAUUCUUAACCUUGUAAAUACAUACUUAAUUAUAUUUUGAAUGUUUCACUCAUAUCAAUUUAGAAAAUCUGUUUUAUUAGCAAAUUGUAAGGUUUUGAAUCCGGAAACACUGAAAUGUUUGAUUUAUGAACGUCGAUGUACGAUUUAAUAAACACAUUGUACCGAUAACA